AUGAACUCGAGAAGCAACUGGCCACCCUUCGGCCAAUAUGACCUCACCUUCCGCGAUACCACAUUCCCCGAACUACCCCGUCGACCCAGUUACAACUCGAGACGCCCGCAACCCGAUUCCUACCGCAGCCUACCCGUCCAAGUCGACUCGAGUUCUGACGACGACGACAUCCCCAUCCAAAAAUCGAAGCGGCCGAACCAACACUCUCGCUCAAUGAGCCAUCCAUUUCCUUCCUUGUUCUCUAGUAAGAAGAAGAAGCACCCAGUGCCAGACAACCAGCCCGGCAACCAUGAUCCUACAGAUGAUCGUGGCUACAACUCGAAACCGCUCCCGAACCCGCCUCAAACGGCGAAUUCGAGGAGGGGCCCCCAGACCCCUGCCGACUUCGCAACUGGGAACUGCAUGACCUGUGCCGGCCUCAUACGGUGGCCGAAAGAGCUUCAGGUCUUCCGGUGUACGAUAUGCUUGACAAUCAACGACCUGAAGCCGCACAACCACGCUGCUAGUCGCGCUACUAUACGACCAGGGACGAGGGGGAACCUGCAGGCACAGUCAAACGGAAGCAGUCCGCCAACCACGGCAGUGCAGACUCCUCAUUCAAUCUCCCUGGACCAUACCAAGACUUUGAUCAAGACAUGCCUACGCGCCGCACUGCAGACCUGGAUAUCGACGUACGCAGAACACAGACAAACCGCACUCUUCCCGGGUCGAUCGCCUUCUCGAGCUCCAGAGGAGCAUGUCGCCCCUCGAAGGUCCCCCAACAAGCCGGAGAGCUCGCCAUCUUCGAGUGCUACUCCACCAUCCUUCGUCUACAGCGCAACUUUCGAUGACUCUGCAGAUGUCGGCUUGGAACCCAACCCACUGAAUACUACGGCAUACACGAGGUCUUAUUCGACGUCGUAUCCUGACGCCAGGAGCUCAACGUUUCCUCUCACUUCGCAACCAAGUGGACAUGACCUCAGUUCAGACGCCCAGGGCUCACAGGUGGAUGCAAAGAGAAUGUUCAAAAAGCUCGAGGAUUAUCUGAUCUCGUGUUUCGGAGCGCAUUCGUGUGUAAACAACUCGUUCGUCCCGCGGCGCACUAGCGUCAGCCAGAAACUACCUGAAGCAGCACGGAGGCCAAUCAUUGAAACCAAACGAGAACCAAUGCGCGAGCCAUUACGCGAACCGAAACGUGACGACGCGACCUUUUCUGAGCUUGACGCGAAGCUUCUUUUACUGGGUGACUUUGCCGAGAAUGGCUACUGGUGGACAGGAGGCCAAGAGGACGCACCGUUCGCGAGGUGCUCAUCCCGGCGCCCGGACGAGAGACCUUCAAUCGUAACCCUGAAAUCGCCUCGAAUUGACUGGAGCCAGGCCAUGGAAUGGUACCACGCUGUGACCAAUGCCGCCGAACCGUGGCUCGAGGUUUAUGAUGAGGUGAUGUGCGGAGAUCCGACCAGAAGCUUGUCAGAGGCAGCACUUCAACAGUUCGAAAAGUUGGUCCUCGAAGCUCAGGGGCAUUUACAAAGGGCUCUGUUGAAAUGCACUGAAAUGCUUUUGAAGCGGCCCGGGAUGUUGAUGAUAGAGCCUCAAGAUGCUCGCUUUUUACUGGUAUUCCUGGGCAACCCGCUUCUCAUCCCAGGCCAUAAAUGCUACAUGGGGCACUAUCAAAACACGAACAAGGGCAAAAACGUGCCCCCGGCAGCCGACGGAGAAGCAAAGUCGCCCAUUGGUCGACAUUCGGGUAUUACGAAGAGGAUUUUUGGUCUCUUGGCCAACUCUUCGGAGCCUUGCCAUCACCACCUAGUCAACUGGUUCUCUAGACUGCCCGAGCACCUGUUCCUCCAGACCAGAGACCUCGUCAGUGGAUUUGUGACCUAUCGGCUGACCCGGCAGAGCGAGAAAAAGCUCGAGCCCAAGAUCGAUAUGACGGGUGGUCUUGUCCCGCAAAUGCCCACCGGACGUGUUGGCAACAACACGGCCAGCCUGCACGCGGCUUUGGAAUCGUCAAAGACCUCCAAGAAGCAGAAGCAGCCAGUUGAAUCGCAACGUGCUGCCUAUACAGACGACUGGCAGAUCAAAGCUGGGGCCAGGGUCAUGGGCUUGAUCUUUGCUGCCAAUAAACUAACGCACGUUCGUCGGGCGGGUGUGCAUGAUGGGCGCACCUAUGACCAUUUGUUGUCAACAAGCGAUUUCUACAACACUCUGGUUGACACUCUAGACUUCCAAGCGGAUUUCGAGCUGUGGGAGUCGAAGAGAGGUAGAUUCACUUUUUGCCAAUACCCAUUCUUCCUCAGUAUAUGGGCCAAGAUACAAAUCCUCGAGUUCGAUGCCAAACGACAAAUGAAUGGUAAAGCUAGAGAGGCUUUCUUCGAUAGCAUCCUCACUCACAAGGACUAUCAACAACACCUGACUUUCAGCAUCCGCCGAGAUUGCCUGGUGGAAGACAGUCUCACAAAAGUAAGCGAGGUUGUCGGCAGUGGUAGCGAAGACAUCAAGAAGGCUUUGCGCAUUGAGUUCGCAGGAGAAGAAGGCGUCGAUGGCGGCGGUCUACGAAAGGAAUGGUUUCUGCUCUUGGUGAGAGAGGUCUUUAACCCGGACCAUGGGCUUUUUGUGUAUGAUGACGACUCGCAGUUCUGUUAUUUCAACCCAAAUACUUUUGAGACGUCUGACCAGUUUUUCCUCGUUGGCGUGGUAUUGGGCCUGGCCAUCUACAACUCGACGAUUCUGGAUGUCGCGUUUCCCCCUUUUGCCUUUCGGAAGCUACUCGCGUCAGCACCACCACCUGCGGCUGGCGCACCUGCUCAUGCGAGACCAACUAUGAACUACGCCUUGGACGAUUUGGCCGAGUUCCGGCCGGCACUUGCCAGGGGGCUUCGCCAACUUUUGGAAUAUGAUGGCGAUGUGCAAUCUACGUUCUGUCUGGACUUCGUGAUAGAUGUUGAGAGGUAUGGUAGUCGGGUUCGAGUACCAUUGUGUCCCGGGGGAGAAAGCAAGAUGGUCACAAAUACCAAUCGGAAGGACUAUGUCGACCUCUACGUCAGGUACCUGCUCGACACCGCCGUCACACGCCAAUUCGAGCCUUUCAAGCGCGGGUUCUUUACCGUCUGUGCUGGUAAUGCCUUGACCCUAUUCAGGCCCGAGGAAAUUGAACUUCUUAUUCGCGGCUCGGACGAACCGCUCGAUAUUACCUCACUCAAGGCGGUUGCCGUCUAUAUGAAUUGGCCGAAGCAAACCAAACCCGAGGACGAGCCUACCGUCCAAUGGUUCUGGGACACGUUUGGUAGAGCCUCGCCCCAAGACCAACGCCGCCUUCUCUCAUUCAUCACGGGCAGCGACCGAAUCCCAGCGAUGGGCGCUGCAUCUCUUGUUAUUAAGAUCAAUUGCCUCGGCGACGAUGAAGGGCGAUACCCUUCGGCCCGAACGUGUUUCAAUAGUCUAUCCUUGUACCGCUGCAACUCCCGGAGGAGGCUGGAACAAUUACUUUGGCGGGCAGUCAACGAGAGCGAAGGGUUUGGACUCAAGUGA